UCUCUCUCGUUCUUCGUAAUAAGAUCAUUAAAAUUGUAGAGAUGAAGAAAAAUAAGAGCUCAUCACUUCUGAUUGUUCUGCUUAUCUUGGUCCUAAUCUUGGUUACGUUUUCUACAAUCUCAGUCGAAGCAAGAAAGCACCAAACUAAGAAGAACAAACCACACAAGCAUAAAAAAGAUAAAGGUGGUCGUAGUAGUAGUGGUAAUAAUAAUGAUUCUCCAUGUCCAUCUCCAGGUCCAGUGCCAGCUCAACCUCCUUCCGGGUCUAACAUUUUCAAUGUCUUGUCUUUUGGAGCCAAAGGUGAUGGAGUUUCAGAUGAUUCCAAGGCACUUCUAGCAGCAUGGGAAGCUGCAUGCAAAGUUUCUGGUGCCACAGUAAUAAUUCCAUCAAAAUACAAGUUUCUUAUCAAGCCCAUAACUCUUCAAGGCCCUUGUAUGCCUCACCUAAUUCUUCAGAUUGAUGGUACUCUAUUGGCUCCUCCAAAAAUAGGGUCCUGGCAGAAAUACAAUUUAUUUCAAUGGAUAUUCUUCAAAUGGAUCAAUAGUUUCACCAUCCAAGGCACUGGUGUUGUUGAUGGUCAAGGCUCUAACUGGUGGUCUCUCUCCCAAGCUUACAACGCUCAGAAGAAAUCCAAGUAUAUUCCGGAAAUGAAACCUACUGCUUUGAGAUUCUAUUCAAGCUAUGAUGUCACAGUUCGAAACAUUCAAAUCAUAAACAGCCCUCAGUGUCAUCUCAAAUUUGACAGCUCUAAGCGGAUCAAAGUUGACAAUAUUACAAUAUCUUCACCAGAAAGUAGCCCCAACACAGAUGGUAUUCACCUGCAAAACUCUCAGGACGUAGAGAUUCAUCAUUCAAAUAUUGGGUGUGGAGAUGACUGUGUAUCCAUACAGACCGGUUGCUCAAAUGUUCAUGUUCAUCAUAUUAAUUGUGGCCCUGGACAUGGUAUAAGCUUAGGAAGUCUAGGAAAAGACAAAACUGUUGCUUGUGUUUCCAAUAUCGUUGUUGAAAAUACUUCAAUUCGAAACACUUUAUCAGGAGUAAGAAUCAAAACUUGGCAGGGAGGGCUUGGAUCAGUGAAAAAUGUGUCAUUCUCCAAUAUCCAAGUUACUGAUGUGAAAGUUCCUAUAAUGAUAGACCAGUACUACUGUGACAAGAACUCAUUUUGCAAGAACCAAAGUGGGGCAGUGGCAAUUUCAGGGGUUAAGUAUGAUCGAAUAAUUGGAACUUUCUCAGCUCAGCCUAUUCAUCUUGCUUGUAGCAAAGAAAUCCCAUGCACAGAUGUUGAUCUCAUUGAUAUUCAGCUUAGUCCUUCACCUGGGUACAGAGGAUUAAAGCAAGCCUUAUGCUCAAACUCAUACGGGAAAUCAGAGGCUCCAUUGGUUCCUUCAAGCAUUGACUAUUGCGUGAGAGGUGCUGGUGGCCCAGUUAGGAGAACAGAAAGGUCACAUGAGCAUAUGUGUUUCCCUGGGAAAUUGGUAUAGGAAAGUACUAGUUAAAAUGGUCUAGUCAGGUGGUCAAUGGGCAUUGGUUGUAGUGUACUGUUUUUUCUUUUAUUAUUGCACCUUUUUAGGAGCUUCCCUUCAGCUAAAUUUUUCAGUGUAUGAAGGUGAAGGUGUGGUGUGUUGUGGUGUUAUAUUAUUCUACUCUUGUAAAAUAGUCAGCAUUUUGAAUAAAAAAUUCUCAGUAAGUGGUAGUUCUUUAUUAAUUAUUCUUCCUUGUAUGAGC